AUGGGACUUAUGAUGAACUUGUGCCAGAGAAGGCAUGCUAUCAACCGGUAUCAGAGGUUGCACAUGCGAGCUAUGCGUUCAGUUCGUAUUGGGCAAAGUUUCCGGACACUGGUGCUUCAUGCUGCUUCAAUGGCCUUGCUGUUCAAACCACCACUGACCCAAAUAUCAUUUCUACACCAACAAGUCUUGCUCAACAGGAAAUCAUUUUACCUGAAGCUAACAUCUCUUCAUCUCCUCAUGAGGCACAUCACUCUACUGAUGUUACCUCUUCUUCCUUCGAUGAAACAAAUAGCCAUGUCUUGCCUGAUCAGAUAG